AUGGGAAAACAAAACCAGAAGGGCGUUCACAUUCAGCCCAACGUGAUCUCAGAUCCCACGACUGGAACGGCUGGAGUGUUUGUGGGAGAUAUUGCUGCCGAGGAUGGAAGCUUGAUUAAUGAAUCUGACUCUUCUACUGGAUACGGUUCGGUGGAUGCGUCCAAGACUACUGAGUCUAAGUAUGCUCUUCCAAACGCCCAGCUUUAUACGGUGAUUACGUGUUUGUAUAUGGCGUCGUUUUUGGCUGCUUUGGAUACGACGGUGGUGACGACGCUUUUGACGGUGAUUGCUUCUGAGUUGGAUGCGGUGGAGAACAUUUCAUGGAUUGCAACUGCUUACCUUCUUUCGUGUUCGGCGUUCCAGCCGUUGUACGGUAAGUUGUCGGACAUUUUCGGCCGCAAGAGUCUUCUUGUGUUGUGCUGUGUGUUUUUCGCCGUGGGCUGCUGCCUCUGUGUUACUGAUAACCUUUGGAUUCUUGUUCUUGGAAGGUUUGUCACUGGUUGGGGUGGCUCAGGGCUCACAACCUUGGGCACCAUCACCAUGUCUGACCUUAUUCCUUUAAGAGAUAGAGGUCUUUACCAAGGAUUGGCUAAUAUUUUCUUUGGUCUUGGUGCUGCUUCUGGUGGUGUGCUCGGUGGCUUGAUUGCAGACUUGUUUGGCUGGAGAUGGGUGUUUAUCUUGCAAGUGCCAUUGGCAAUUAUUGUCGGUGUGGCUAUUUAUUUCAACCUUACGCUUCCAGCAGGUUCUCCAGGUUUGGGAGCUACCGGAUCUGAUUUCAAGGAGAAACUCAGAAGAGUGGACUUCAUCGGCUCUUUCUUCCUUGUCACUUCCUUGAUUCUUAUCUUGAUUGGUGCAUCUAUGGGCGGUAAACAGCUUGCCUGGGGCUCCACUUCGCUUAUUCUGAUCAUGGUCGUCGCUGGCGGUUUCUUGGUGGCUUUUAUCUACUACGAGAACAGCCAUGCUGCCGAGCCUAUUAUUCCAGUCAAGAUCAUCGUGGAACGUACGGUUUUGUCGUCUUCCUUGGCUAACUGGUUCUACACCAUGGGUUUCUUCACCUACUUGUUCUAUAUCCCACUUUACUUCCAGAUCGUCAUGGAUAUGACCGCCACCCAGAGUGGUACCAGACUUAUCCCCAACUUCUUUGCCGUUUCCAUCGGUUCUGUUGGUGCUGGUUUGUACAUGAAGAGAACUGGUAGAUACUACAUGCUUACUGUGCUUGUUGGUGUGGUUGCACUUAUUGGCGUGGUCAGAAUCUUAGCCCUUACAGACAACAUCUCGUUGCUUCUGCAGUUCACUUUGUUGCUUCCUCUUGGUUUCGGUUACUCGGGUAUUUUGACCGUCACCUUGCUUUCCCUUAUCGCUGCUGUCCCACUCAAGUACCAGGCAUGUACCACCUCCAUCCAGUAUACCUUCAGAGCCACCGGUUCUACCUUGGGUGUUUCCAUUGCCAGUGCUAUUUUCCAGACCGUCACCGAAAGCAAGCUUUCUUCAACCAUCCAUAGUGUAGUGAAGGACCCAGAAUUGGCUGAGAAAGUGUUACGCAGAGCCUUGGAAAACACCAACUACGCCAAGGAAGUGGCCCCAGAAGUUGGAAGAGUGAUCAGACAAGCCUACGACACUGGUUGUCAUGGCGCUUUCGUCUUCAGUGGUUUAAUGAUCCUCUUGGGAUACAUUUCGUCUUUGUUCAUGAGAGAGCACGUCCUUCACUCCUCCAUUGACCGUGAUUGA